GAAGAAGCCAAAGUGCCCUCAGCCCAGGCUCCCAGGAACUUCUGUCCUGCCCCUCAGGGGCCAGGGCCUCCCCAGCCCUUUGCCCCUCCCAUCUCUGGAGCUGCCCCCCUCCUCCCCCACCACACCCACUCAACACUUCAAUCCAGCCGCCCAGCCUGACAAGGUUGCAGGGGGAGAGGGGGCCUGGCAGAGCCCUGGCACUUAUGGCUCAGUCCGUGGGGAGGCAGGCACCCAGCUUGAGUCUGUGGCUUCCAUGGGCAAGGACAGAGUUGCCCCAGAACCAGAGAAGUCAAGGACAGUGGUCAGACUGGGACCCUGCUGGGAGGGCAAGAGCAGGGGCGGGCAGCUGAGGGGACAGGGCCUUCUGUGUUGAGGGAAAUGACAAAGAGUUGGAGUGGGCUGGAGCCAGGGCCUCUCACCUGCUGGUAAACUCAGAAGCUGGCUGUGGGGAGGCCCCUCGGAAGGGAAGCCAUGGUGGGAGCAGGCUGGGUCCAGUCCUUGGUGGCCAGGGGGCUCAGGUGGCCACUGCUGCCCACCUGGCUUGUCUGCCUCUGGCAGGUUAAGGUUGAGCUAAGCACAGCCUACAGAACCGAGCAGGCCUGGGAGGGGCAGCAGUCGGAGGGAAGUGAGGCCUCUACCCUCCCCACGCAUCACAGAGCACCUCUGAACUCCCUCCUGGGGGCCUGGGCACCAACAGACCCCCUUCCUGUCCUGUCAGGCAUCUGCCCCAGAGGAGAGCGCUCCUGGCGCCUGGUGCCACCCAACCCUGGGCUAGGUGGGUGAGUGAGUGUUGGGGGUGGCUGGCUCCUGUUCAAGGGGUCAGGUUUCCAGGGUAACCCAGCCACUGAACCCAGCGCAGAGCCUCACAGAUCUUGUAACCUGACUCCCUUCCCUCCCCCUGCAAGGCUGUCCCUGUGGGGCAGGCGGAUGAGUGCUGAGUGCCGUAGGGAAGGUCUGCUGGGCUCAAACCCCCACCCUACACCACCCCCACGGCUUCCUCUUCCCCUGGGACUUAACACUUAGCUCUCAGCCCUGAGCAGUUUAAGGGGGUGUGUCCUGAGAUGACAGAACUUUGCCUUGGGCCUGACCUUCCGUGCACAUAGCUGGGUUGGAGUGGUGACACCAUCCCAGGGCAUUGUGGGGGCUGUGACCCCACCAGGGAUCAAGGAACAGAAUAGCUGCCUAGGGAUGGGAGGGGAGUUCUGGAAGGCUUCUUGGACUUGAAAACUGGAUUUUGAAACCAGGUCUUGAAAGCUACAUGGGUUUUCAUUUGCCCCAGAAGAGAAGAGGGGAUCCCAGGCAGAAGAGACCGCACACGCCAAGGCGCAGACCCGAGACAAGGAAAAGGAGUUGUAUGUUGAUGGCAACUAAAGAGGGCAAGCCCAAGAUUAGAAAAGGCCUUGCGUGCACAGCCCUGCGGGACCUGCUGCACCAGCCACAGGCAGGGACGUCUCUUCCUUGCUCUCUCGUCCCUGCCAAACCAGGGGAGCAAGGGGAUGUGGUGGACGUGUACCAGCGGGAGUUCCUGGCGCUGCGUGACCGGCUGCACGCGGCUGAGCAGGAGAGCCUCAAGCGCUCAAAGGAGCUCAACCUGGUGCUGGACGAGAUCAAGAGGGCAGUGUCCGAGAGGCAGGCGCUGCGAGAGGGGGAGGGCAAUCGCACCUGGGGCCGCCUAACUGAGGAUCCACGACUGAAGCCGUGGAACGCCUCGCACAAGCACGUGCUGCACCUGCCCACAGUCUUCCACCACCUGCCGCACCUGCUGGCCAAGGAGAGCAGCCUGCAACCGGCCGUGCGUGUGGGCCAGGGCCGUACUGGAGUGUCGGUAGUGAUGGGCAUCCCCAGUGUGCGGCGAGAGGUGCAUUCGUACCUGACAGACACGCUGCACUCGCUCAUCUCAGAGCUGAGCCCACAGGAGAAGGAGGACUCGGUCAUCGUGGUGCUGAUCGCCGAGACUGACCCACAGUACACCUCGGUGGUGACAGAGAACAUCAAAGCCUUGUUUCCCACGGAGAUCCAUUCCGGGCUCCUGGAGGUCAUCUCCCCUUCCCCCCACUUCUACCCUGACUUCUCCCGCCUCCGAGAGUCCUUUGGGGACCCCAAGGAGAGAGUCAGGUGGAGGACCAAACAGAACCUCGAUUACUGCUUCCUCAUGAUGUAUGCGCAGUCCAAAGGCAUCUACUACGUGCAGCUGGAGGAUGACAUUGUCGCCAAGCCAAACUACCUGAGCACCAUGAAGAACUUCGCCCUGCAGCAGCCUUCCGAGGACUGGAUGAUCCUGGAGUUCUCCCAGCUGGGCUUCAUUGGGAAGAUGUUCAAGUCACUGGACCUGAGCCUGAUUGUGGAGUUCAUCCUCAUGUUCUACCGGGACAAGCCCAUUGACUGGCUCCUGGACCACAUCCUGUGGGUGAAGGUCUGCAACCCCGAGAAGGAUGCGAAGCACUGUGACCGGCAGAAGGCCAAUCUUCGGAUCCGCUUCAAGCCAUCCCUCUUCCAGCAUGUGGGCACGCACUCCUCCCUGGCGGGCAAGAUCCAGAAACUGAAGGACAAGGACUUUGGGAAGCAGGCGCUGAGGAAGGAACAUGUGAACCCACCGGCCGAGGUGAGCACAAGCCUCAAGACAUACCAGCACUUCACCCUGGAGAAGGCCUACCUGCGCGAGGAUUUCUUCUGGGCCUUCACACCUGCUGCAGGGGACUUCAUCCGCUUCCGCUUCUUCCAGCCACUGCGUCUUGAGCGGUUCUUCUUCCGCAGCGGGAACAUUGAGCACCCAGAGGACAAACUCUUCAACACAUCCGUGGAGGUGCUGCCCUUUGAUAACCCCCAGUCAGACAAGGAGGCCCUUCAGGAGGGCCGCUCAGCCACCCUGAGGUACCCUCGGAGCCCAGAUGGCUAUCUCCAGAUAGGCUCCUUCUACAAGGGUGUGGCAGAAGGUGAGGUGGACCCGGCCUUUGGCCCCCUGGAAGCACUGCGCCUCUCCAUCCAGACAGACUCCCCAGUGUGGGUCAUUCUGAGCGAGAUCUUCCUGAAAAAGGCCGACUAAGCAGAGGGCUUCUGAGGGUGCACUUUGGCUGGCCCCUAAGCCCAUGAGACCUGGGAGACCUGGGAUGUCGUCGCUGCUGCCCCCGGAGGGCCAGGCGUCGCUGCCUGAAGCCUGAGGGGUUCUGCCCAGCGCUCCCCGCUCCACAGGCCUGGGAUCCCGCUGGCCCGGAGGCCCCAGGAGCUGGUGCUGCCCCACCCGGCCGGCCGCGGGAGGAGGCAGGCGGCCCCCACACUGUGCCUGAGGCCGGCCUGUGCCGCCCGGAACCGUUCGCACCCCGGCCUGCUCGAGCCAGGCCGUUUUAGAAGAGCUUUUUCCUGGGCGCCCGCUGUCUCCGGCGCGAACACUGGAAUGCAUAUACUACUUUAUGUGCUGUGUUUUUUAUUCUUGGAUACAUUUGAUUUUUUCACGUAAGUUCACAUAUACUUCUAUAAGAGCGUGACUUGUAAUAAAGGGUUAAUGAAGCA